GACUUUGUUCAUAAAGAAUCGCUAGUCACAAUGAAGACGCUGUGCAUGCUGUUGUUGCUGCUGACGUCUACAAACAAUGCCUUUUCUUCUCUCUCAGACUCAGUCUGUAAAUCGUCACUAUGGGGCAGUAUAACGGAGUCCAUGAUCAAAACGUCUAACCCAAGAGCAAGAGAUGUCAUGAAUUCCAAGCUUGAUUGCUGUGCUGGUAGAGAUAAAGGGGGGUGGUGUGGUGAUUCACACACGACUGACACUCAGUGGAUUGAGGUGGACUUCAACCAAGGCGUAGGGAUACGUGGUAUCGUUAUUCAGAAGCCUGAGGAUGUUCACCGUGGUUAUGUGACGUCUAUUUCUAUUGAGUUCAUGCUGAAGGGAUCAACAUCUUGGCAAUAUUUCUCCUCAGAUCCUCGUAAUCCACAGGCAAUGGAAACUCUCGGACAAAGUGUAGAUUCUACCUCAAUUUAUUUAAAUCCUGGAAUUGCAGUUUCUAAACUUAAAAUCAACAUCCUCAAAUACCAGAAGAGUCCAUGCUUACGAUUUGACUUGCUAGGGUGUAAAAAUUAUGAGGACCUGUGUCCCAAUGCCUGUUUGAAUGGAGGACAGUGUGUCUCAGAAUACAUAUGCGCAUGCUCAAACAAUUACAACGGAGAUAGAUGCGAAAACCGAAUUUCAAAUGUUGGUGAGUAUUCUGGCACUUAGUGAUUUUUCAAUCAAGUAAUAUCACAUUGAUGUUCUUCCGCAAGUGGAAUAGUCAAAUUUAGCAUAUUAUGGAUAAUGAAGGGGAAGUAAAAACUGUGACAAAUUUUACAGUAUGUGACACUGCACUUGGACUGGAGAGCGGAAGUAUAACAGACAGUAUGAUAUCAGUGUCAUCAUCUACAACAGGCAAACCGAAACAGAAGGUCCGAUACAAUUGUUGUACAGGCGAAGACAACGGAGCGUGGUGUCCUAGGUCCAAUGAUCCACAUCCUUGGCUUGAGGUUACACUAGCAAAACCCAUGGCUGUGUCUGGACUUUAUUUUCAACACCCUAGUCAGAAGGAUUCACACACUUAUCCAAGCAUAUUCAUGAAGAGCUUUCAGCUGAAAUUUAUUUCAGCUCUAGAUCCGCUAAGAGAAUGGAGAAGCUUUAAUGAGCAUAUCCCUUCAAUUUACAACUCCACAUUGUACUACAAUAUCGGUUUGGAUCCCUAUCUUGUCACGGAUGCAGUUAGAAUCUACCCAGAAACUUACACAACGGCGCCCUGCUUUAGAAUGGAAGUAAUUGGUUGUGAUCCAACAGUUCUUUGUCCAAAGGACUUUUGUAAAAAUGGAGGAACCUGUAUGGGUCUUGGUGUCUGUAAAUGCCCUAAAGGUUUUUAUGGCAACAAUUGUAAUCAAACAGCUUCUACGAUGGUACAUCUGAAUUUGGAAUUUACAGAAAUAAUUGAACACGUCAUUCACACAACCAUAAAUAUAAACUUUAAUAUUCAUGGUGCUGUAUCCCUGAUAAAUAGUCAAAAUGGAAAAGCAAUAAAUCUGACAGGAAACAGCUACGUAACAGUCAACAACACGGGAUUCAAUUCUUGUAUUAAGGACAUCGACACGUGUUCUUCCGGAUUUACGAUAAUCACCAACGUAAAUCUACAUCAACUCACUGACAACACCUACAUUAUAUCCAGCGGUGGAGACUUACAGAACCAUAAAGGAAUAGCUUUCUUUUACGCCAAUCACCAGUUACAUUUCGUUGUUACUACAACAUCCCGGCGAUGGGUUAUUGUCGUAAAUAAUAGUCUUUCGUUGCAUGCCUGGCACCACAUUGAACUCUCCUGGAGUAAAACAUCGGGGUCGUCACUUGUUAUUGAUAAUCAUCUUGUUGGUUCCGUUAGUCAGCCGCUGCCAGUUGUGGCUACACAGGUGAAACCACUCACUAUUGGAUUUGGCUACCAUCAUCAAGUAUCCAUUUUGAUGACCAUUAAUGGUCUGCAGACGUUCGAUUCCCACAGAGAGAACUUGAUAGUCAAUGGACUAGUUACAACUCCUGCACCAACACCAUCACAACAAACAAUAUCCACCGCCUCUCAUACGACAGACUCAACUACAAUACUAACAAAUGCAGCGACAACACGAAUUCCUACUACUACAGAUGCUCCAUCCAAAUACACUGUUCCUCAGACGACCAGACAACCUACAACAACAACAACUCCUGCAACAACAUCAACAACAAUACGAACUUCAACAGUACAAUCAACAACAGUUGAUAAAAGUCCAGUAGGGACUCCUACGUCAUUGACUGUGGAUGUGCAGCCCAUGACAGUAGCUGUUUCUCACAACCCACCAAUAAAUCACAUGGUAUCAAUAGAGGAUAUUUAAUGAUUUGUUGGAUAUAACAUUUAUUUCACGUGCAAGGUACGAUUUGUUUUAUUUUCAUGAGUGAAAAUAUAAAACAAAAUCUUGUCUCACUUUUGAAAUAAAUUCUACAUCCAACAAGAAAUCAUUGAAUUUUCUGUUUAUUACAUCUUCAUGUCUUUUAUUUAACUCUCUUAGCUUUGUCAUUAUUGUCCUUGAAACAUUAAAACAUGUUGCACAGAAAAUAUAGUAGAAAAAUGUAAAAUACAUAAAAAUCAAUGUAUUUGAUCAAUAGAAUAAUCUGACUUUAAUCUUAUUUUGGAUAUUCAAACAUUAAGCAGGAAAAAAUUGACCAAAUAUGUUUUUCAAAAAUGAAAUAGAUUAUGUAUAUCUCGGAUGAAUGUUCCGACAAUUCACAAUGUGGAAGUAAUUGUGAAAAUAUCAAAUGAAUGAAUUACAGUAUUUCACAGUUGAAAAUGUAACAAAUGUAUUUCCUUGCAUUUAUCACAUUUCCUUCCUUUAUACUAUGUCUUUCUCAUUUGCUUUCUUCUAUCGCUUUAUGUAUGUACCGGUAAAAUGAUCGCGAAUCGCGAAUUUCCGCUUUGUUAGAGAGAACUGCGAUGGAUCAUGUAAGGUAAGAACGUUCCUUUCACAAACAGUGGGUUUAUACAUACAUGUUUUAUAAAGCUAAUUACAACCUGCAUUCAAAGUGGAUGCAAUCAUUGGUUUUUUGGGGGGUUUUGUAUCAAAUAUUUGAGCUCCUUUUACCGAUUUGUAAUCUGAAAAAUAGGUGCAUAUAUUUGUGUUGAUUUCAGAUUCAGUCCCACCGACAACCAUACGAUAAUUGUAGUUCGUGGCAAAGCUUUAUAAAGCUUUAUAUUUCAGGGGUUACGCUAUCCAUGUAAAUGCUUUGUAUCACAUGUACAUGUAAGUAUGAAAAGUCGCCAUAACUUUACCUCAGUAAGACAUAAUACAGCUGUUAGAUUUUAUUCCAAUUUUCAAGACUGUAAAAUGUCUAAAUAAAGAAGUAUAUUUUUCUGGAUGCAUUUUGAAAGAGAAAUGUACAUUUUUACAUGUGUAUAUUAAAUGAUAAAGAUGAAUUAUACAAUAUGCAAUAUAAAAAAAUUGUUUGUUGUUAAUUUCUAUUGUGAUUUAAAACUACUUCAUCUAUUUUCAUUUUGCCUGUACUUUUUUGUAUUGAUGCAAUGCUCAUCCGUUCUCGUUUUAAUUUUCUAUUUUCAAGUUUCCGUUAACUGAUAUCUUAUAUAAUUCAUAUAUAUUUUAAUUGAUCAAAUGAUAUUGUAUCAUUUUAUAAAACUGAAAGAUUAUGAAUUCUCACUGUAUAGUUUUUUAUUUCAGAGAGACGAAGACCCUAUAUCAACCACGAAACAAAAUGUUUUGUACUGCGAGUCUUUUCAUUGAUAUUGUGUUUUUCAACUUCUAGUUAUUCAUAUUAAGAGCAAUGUUUUUGAUGUAAUAAUUUUCAUUUCGUUUCUUUCAUGUAAUUGUCAUAUAGCUGAAAAAAAAUCUUAUAUAUGAUUACAUUAAUUUGUGUUUUACUGAGAGCGUGCAUAUUUAUACCACUUACAUGUACCUCGCUUGGCCUAACCACAAUGUAUAAGGUUUUUAGAAUGGAAAUACAUGUAUCUAUGCAAAUGAACAUGCGGAUCUUUUCAUUAUUAUCAACGAAACAUACCUGAUCAGGAUAUGGGGCUCACUGCGGGUGUGACCGGUCAACAGGGGAUGCUUACUCCUCUGGUGUGUCCAGGGGUCCGUGUUUGCCCAACUAUCUAUUUUGUAUUGCUUGUAGGAGUUAUGAGAUUGAUCACUGUUUGUUAUCUUCACCUUGCACAAAGCUUUCGGUCAUUAAUUACAAAGUUCUGAUUUGAUGGUAAAAUAUUGGUGAUAUAGGCCUACUCUACAGGUCUCGUUUUACAUCUUGUGUUUUGGUCGAUUGUUUUCUUCCACGUUCCAUUCGAGAAUUUUCCCCUCGUAAAAACGUCAUCACCUGAAGCGGAAGUGACAUAAUUUACCCUUUCAUGACUCUCAAGGUUGCAGCAGUGAUGGUUCUUUAUCGUGCCAAAGUGACUCGGAAUCGUCGUUUUAAAGAUCAUAUUCGAAAGACCUGUACCUCUCGGCUCUAGUGCCGUGCCCCCGGCGAGGGAACAGUCACUAAGUGUGAUAAACAGCCUAGGUGUGACGUACGGCGGGAUCGAAAAUCAACUCCGCACCUCGCGGUUGUGAGGAGAGCGUCCUAAUUACUAAGAUGCCUUCGAGUGCAUUAUGCAUAUGUUUGUCUUAGCAUUUUUGUUAUAUUUCACAAGAGUGCAUCUGAAUGAAGCUAUUCCAUGGAAUUUACAAUCAUUCCAUACAUACUUCGAUAUGAUCCUAAAUGAAUGGCAGUGGCAAUAACCAAAGUUUUCAAUUUGCAUUGUAAAUGUUAUGCCUGAUCUUUGAAUGGAUCUAGAAUAGAGUUCUUUUUAAAACACAAACACACUGUAAAAUCUUUGAUUUUCCCUGUUACUUUGGGAUAGACAUAUCCAUGAUUGAAAAGGGUGAAGAUAACAAACAGUUAUCAAUAUUAUCUAUCCUGUAAAAAAAAAAAAAUCGAGAACAGGUCUGGAUUUCUCGAAAACAUACCAAAACUUAAGUUUGAGUUUUCUUUUAUUUGAACAGUCUAAAUUUAAGCUAAAUCUCAGACCUAAGUCCAAGUUUCUUUCGGGAAAUCCAGGUCAGGGUAAAUACGAACCUCUGGACACGCCAAAAGGUGGAAUCAGAUGUCUAUGAGGAGUAUACAUCUCCGAUUGACUGGUUACACUUGCCGUAAGCUAUCUUGUAACUAUAGAGUAAUUCGUAGUUAAAAUCAGUACCUGUAAAGAACGGUCUGACAGUUGUAUGACACACGUAAGACUGCAUUCGACCUAAUGACAGGUUGUAUCUGCAAAUAAAAUAAUAAUAAAUAGCAAAUAAUUUGCGAAUGCAGAUUUCAACGAGAAUAUAUUAUACAAUGUAGAAAGCAACAGAAAAGGGUUAGCCGAUGAUGAGCUACAUUGAUGUACUCCCUUAUAUACCUCCAGUUGAUCUUAUGACAUUUGCUGAGAACAUUACAUCACAUAUCUUGCGAUUCCUGAACGAUCCGACUACCGAGCAUUUUGAUUGGUUAAAUAAUUAUAUUGAUGAAUAUUUAUGAGGGAGUAGUAUUGGUUGAGGGAAAUGAUGCAUUUUCAGGAAAAUGUACAGUUUUAUCGUAUUACCUUAAUAAGACUGCAUAUGCUGCAUUUACUCCAUCUGAGGACUACCUCCUGCAAAAUCAAAGCUACUUCCUCAUUAAUUGUUUUAUCCAAUCAAAGUGUUCAGUAGAGGAAGCUACGUUCCAAGAAUCCUGAGAUCCGUGACGUAAUGUUAUUAGCAGACGUCAUAACCGAUCAAAUAUAAUGAUGAAAGAAAGAAAGUUUCGUGUCCGCACCAAAAUAGAAAUUGCUGAUUAUCGACAAUUAACCAAGUCAGUGAUUAAGAAGGCAAACAAUUCUCAUGGAACUUAUCUCAGCAAAUGUUAUUCAAUAAGUGUGAUGAAUUUGGCCAGUAUUAAAAUAAUAUAUGAUAGUCAGCUCUUUCAGUAUAAUAAAAAAAAAAUUGGAAAUUCAUGGUCCCCUCUUACUUUUUUUUCUGGGGGCAUAAAUUUGAUAUUUCCAUUAUGUACAUUAAAUAACUGUGAAUAGAAUACUCCAUUGAUUUUCAGGUCGUAUGUUUCGGGAUAGCAUAUAGUAUCCGUCGUGUCUGCUACUCUGUCCGUCCUACCUCAUAUCUCCUAAACCUUUCAUUAGAAAUUGAUGAUCAUUGAUUACAAAUAUAUCUUCGAACAGGGACUUUUAGAUCUAUGUCAUUUUGGAAAGGUCAAGGUCACUCAGAACAUAUACCUUAUAUAAGGAAAAAGUUAUGUAUUUCAAUAGCAUUGCUCAUAUAUCACAGAAAUAAAAGGCACAUGGCUUUCAGACGAAGGUCAUUCAAGGUGUUUUUGUAAAGGUCAAUUUCACUCAGAAUGUAUACUUUACGUAUAAACAAAUCUUCAUUUAAACAAUAUUUCAACAGUUAUUGACCUUUUGGACCAAGGUCUCGCAAUGUCAAUUUGGUAAGGUCAAGAUCACUCAUAACAUAUACCUAAUGGAUUAAAAAGUUCCUUAAAUCAACAGUUUUUGAAUAGGUAUUGAUAACAUAUCACACAAAAAUGAGUUAUAGUCAAAUGGCUUUCAGACUAUGGUCACUCAAGGUCAUUCUGUUACGGUCAACGUCACUCAACAUACAUAUUAUAUAUGGGAAAACUUCAUUUCAACAGUACUACAUUUUUCAACUUAACUUAAGAUUGGUAGUGCCUUAUUAUUCAAUACUGUUUACAUGUCAAUGAUAAAAGCAUAUUGUAAAUGAAA